AUGGAGGAGGAGGAUGAGAUUCAAGCACAACAAUCAUGUAAAUUCCCAAGAGUUGGAAACGAAGAAGAAAAUGGGAAUUUAAACAGGUUCAAUAAUUGGCACCAUCAUUCAUCUAGAAUCAUAAGGGUGUCAAGAGCUUCUGGUGGAAAAGAUAGGCAUAGCAAGGUUAUGACUUCAAAGGGUUUAAGAGACAGAAGGGUUAGGCUUUCUGUUACAACCGCUAUUCAAUUCUAUGAUCUUCAAGAUAGGUUGGGUUAUGACCAACCAAGUAAAGCUGUUGAAUGGCUUAUAAAAUCAGCUUCUGAUGCUAUUUCGGAAUUACCUUCACUCAACAACUCCUUGUUCGCUGAUAAUAAUAAUAACAAUCCAAGUGAACAAGGCGGUGUUGAUUCGGUUCAUGAUGCUGAAAUGGUUGUGGAGAAUGGUGAGAAUAAUUAUCAUCAAAGCCAGAAUCUUUCUUUGUCUAAAUCUGGUUGUAGUAGCACUUCUGAGACAAGUAAAGGUUCGGGUUUGUCCCUUUCGAGAUCUGAUGUUCGUGUGAGCCGAGUUAAGGCUAGGGAAAGAGCGAGAGAAAGAACGGCCAAAGAGAAGGAAAAGGAAAAUCAUGAUUCUUGUCACAACAAUGUUAAUAAUCCUCUUCAUCAUCAACACCAUCAACAGCACCAGAAUGUUAACUCUUGUUCCAUUUCUCAAACUGCUUCAUUCACUGAACUUCUUACCGGUGGAAUCAACAAUGCAGCAGCAAGGAGUCCAAGAAGGUCAGUUGAAGAACCGAAUUUCUUGAACAAAGCUCGACAACAACAGCAACAUCAACAACAAUGGAGUUCUUCUUCGGCACCAAUGGAUCAUUACUUUAGUCCAGUGCUUAUAGGAACUCCUUCUUCAAGAACACAUCAUCAUUUAGGACAUUCACUUCAUGAUCAUCAAUCCAUGACAAUGUCUAACUCAGUUUCACCCUUCAGCAGUGGCGAAAACCAUUCUGCAGAUCAGAAUCAACAUCAGCAUCAGAUGCAGCAUCAGUUCUCAUUCAUACCUGAUCAUAUGAUGCAAAACGUGGUUACUUCUUCUUCUACUCAACCAAGCGAUUAUAAUCUGAAUUUUACGAUCUCAUCGGGCCUUGCUGGUUACAAUAGGGGGACCCUUCAGUCCAAUUCACCGUCUCUUCUGUCUCAUCUUCAGAGGUUUUCAGUUUCAUCUUUAGACGGAUCCAACAGUCUACCUUUUUUCAUGGGAGGAGGAGGUGGUGCUGCUUCUACUUCUUCUUCUCCUGCUUCUGGUUCACCUGCAAUGGAGAACAAUCAUCAUCACCAUCACCACAACCAGAUUCAACACCAUCCAUUUUCAUCUGUUUUUGAUGGUAGCAGCUUGCAACUCUACUCAGAUCAGAAAGGAAAACCCAAAAAAUGA